CCUUCUCAUUUGUGUCGACUUGAAUUUAAACGUUUAUAUGAGUCAGUCCACCGGCCUCUAUCAACAUGGCUUCGUUAAAAUUUGGACAAGGGGUGAGGCGAUUUAGUACAACAGUAAUGAAACAUCAGAUGGUAAAGCCUCCAGUCCAGGUGUAUGGUGUUGAGGGAAGAUAUGCUUCAGCUCUUUACUCUGCAGCUUCCAAAAAGAAGGCACUUGAUGCUGUAGAAAAAGACCUCAGCUCUCUUUCUAAGGCACUGUCUACAGACAUCAAACUUAAAGAUUUCCUCUAUGAUCCAACUCAGAAAGUUCAGGACAAAAAAGUUAUCCUCAAAACAGUAGCAGAUAAGGGAAAGUACUCUGAAAUGACUACAAAUCUAUUUGGAGCUAUGGCAGAUAAUGGACGACUUAACAAACUCGGUGCUGUUGCCGACUCCUUUAGCACCAUCAUGGCAGCCGAACGAGGAUUAGUGUCAUGUACCGUAACUGUAGCCAAGACUCUGGAUGCUGCUACUCAGAAAGAACUUACAAAAAUCCUGUCUGGGUUCCUGAAGAAGGGUGAAAGCUUACAGCUAUCCAUGAAGGUUGACCCUGCUGUGAUCGGAGGUAUGCGGGUAGAUUUUGCCGACAAAUCUGUUGACAUGGCAAUGUCCUCCAAGCUGGGGAAGUAUGCCACUAUCAUCAGUGAGGCAUUGUAACACAGGCAUCUAUAGACUUUUUUCCAGUGUGUUGUAUGCUUGUUGAACUAAGAAAAAUAAUGUUUGAAGAUUCACAGUGCUAAUGGGAAAAGUGUACAUUUUUAGAUUACAAAUGAUUAAACAUUAUUAUUAGAAA